AUGUUUAAGGGAAACAGUACUAUUGUCGAUGAAUUCAUCCUCCUAGGCAUCACAGACAAUCCACAAUUGCAAAUCAUUUUCUUUGUAGUGUUCCUGAUUGUCUAUCUCAUCAAUAUUGUGGGUAACUUGGGCAUGAUCAUUCUGAUCUCAUUCAAUGCCCAACUUCACAACCCAAUGUACUUAUUCCUGUGGCACUUGUCUCUCUGUGAUAUCUGCUACUCAUCUGCUAUUGCUCCCAGAAUGUUGUCUGACCUGUUAUCUGAGAGCAGAACCAUCUCUUUCCCUGGUUGCACUACUCAGUUCUACUUCUUUGCUGCCUUUGUAGACGUGGAGUGUUAUAUUUUGGCAGUGAUGGCCUAUGACCGUUAUGUGGCCAUUUGCAAACCACUAUGCUAUUCCACUGCUAUGUCCAGGUCUCUCUGCAUCCGGCUCUUAUUCGGAUCAUAUAUUGCUGGCACAGCUAAUGCCAUCAUACACACAGCAGCUACCUUCAGCCUGUGCUUUUGCAGCUCAAACAUCAUCAAUCAUUUUUUCUGUGAUCUUCCACCACUCUUGGCAAUUUCUUGCUCUGAUACCCAUGUCAAUGAGUUUCUGCUUUUUGCAUUUGCUGGCUUUGUUGGGAUGAGCUCUCUUUCUGUCAUCCUUGUGUCUUACAUCUUCAUCUUAACAGCUGUUCUCAGAAUGAACUCUGCCUCAGGGAGACUCAAAGCCUUCUCUACAUGUGGGUCCCAUUUCACUGGGGUCACUUUGUUCUAUGGGACAGCAAUUUUCAUGUACCUACGACCCUCUUCUGUUUAUUCUCUGGAUCAAGACAAAUGGGCCUCUGUCUUCUACACGGUGGUAAUUCCCAUGCUCAACCCCCUGAUCUACAGCCUGAGGAACAAGGAUGUAAAAGAAGCUUUCAGAAAGUUCAUCAAAAAGAAGCUGAAAACUGUGCUCACCUGA